AUGGCAGACAGCAAUAUCACUGUGAUCACUGAAUUUGUCCUCCUGGGUCUGACUGAUGACCCGGAACUGAAUAUUGUGCUUUUUAUGUUGCUUCUCUUGAUCUAUGUCAUCACUGUGGUGGGCAACAUUUGGACUAUUGCAAUAAUCUUGACUAGCACUCAGCUCCAUUCUCCCAAGUACUUUUUCCUUUGCCAGUUGGCUUUCUUGGAUUUCUGCUGUUCUUCUGUCUUUAUCCCUAAAAUGCUGGCAAACUACAUGGCGGGACAGAGAGUCAUCUCCUACCAGGGAUGUCUCCUGCAGUAUUCCUUUGUCAACAUGUUUCUGACCACAGAAUGCUUCCUCCUAGCUGCCAUGGCAUACGACCGCUAUGUGGCCAUCUGCCGCCCACUUCACUACCGAGGUCUCAUGACUGCAUCCUUCUGCAGCUACCUGGUGACUGCCUCUUACCUGCUGGGCUGUGCUAACUCACUCACCCGUCUAAGCAGUUUGCUGAGCCUGUCUUUCUGUGGUCCUAAUGCCAUCAAUCAUUAUUUCUGUGAUAUCCCCUUGCUUUUUCAACUCUCCUGUUCCGACACCCAUCACAGUGAGGCUUUAUUCAUUGUCUUGUCUGCAACAACAUCUGUGACUACGUUUUUGAUAGUGAUUAGCUCCUAUUUGGGAAUUCUUAUUACUCUCCUGAAAAUGCAGUCAACCAGUGGCAGAUAUAAAGCUUUCUCCACCUGUGCCUCCCACCUAACAGUAGUAACACUCUUCUAUGGAACAAUGAUAUUUACCUACCUGGGAAUCAGCUCUAGCUACACACAGGACAGAGCCAAAAUACUUUCUGUGUUUUAUACUCUUCUGCUCCCAAUACUAAACUUUCUCAUAUACAGUGUGAGAAGCAGAGAAGCAAAAGAAGCUAUGAAGCAAAUAAUUAGGAGGAAAAUAUUUGCUCAAGCAAUAUAA